ACCUGUUGCAGUGAACCACGUGUUGCACCGUUCAAAACAUUCCGUCAACCGUCAACCAGUCUAGCCAUGCCUUCCGGUUGCUAUGGUAGUGGCGAAGGCCAAGGUGUUUGUUUAUUUAUCGAUCAAAUGAAGCGUUGGAAUGAAGUUUUCGGGAAAGGAAAAAGCAGUACAACAACCCGUAACCGUCCCGUCCGGGUGUGCAUCGGAAUUCACCAGGAACGGAAAAGGUCGUGCCAGCCGCGUUUGCCGGGUGGAAUUUGUUAAUUUCGUUUGGUAGAAUUUUAAAACCCGAUAAGUGCACUGUUACCGCGUUCCGCGAGACGAAGAUGACGUACCGCAGCCACAACGUGGGACCGUCGCGUGCAUUCGAUCAUAUCUACGACCCACUGUAUGUGGCUUCCGACCGGAAAGAUGUGUGCCGGGCGAACCAUGCAGCGCUCGCGAAAUCCGCCCCGAUCGGUAUAUUUCCCGUGUAUCAGUCGAUGUUUAGCGAGUUGCCACGGUUGACCCGGAACCACUAUGUGAUGCAUCGCAAUCCGCUUCCCUACUAUCCGGAGCUGCAGGUAAAUCCAAUCCGUUCGUACGGCUACCAGCAAAAUCCGGACGUGUCGAAAGUGCUCGGUGCCGAACGGGCCAAGUUCUUCUGCCAUCCGAAUGCGGGCGAAACGGGAUGCAACGUGCGGUACGCACCGGAUUACUCACCAACCGAAGGAAAGGACGAGUACUGUGCGUGCGACGAUGAGUACGAGGAUGGGCCGGACGGUUCGCAGCAGCCCCGUUUCCGGGAGGUCGCCUCCCAAACGAUGUUCCGGGAAUCGUCCGCCCAGACGCAACCCUGGAUGCCGACCGCGGUGCUGAAGGAAAACGCAAUGCCAGCGGCGGAGAUUGUUUACGUGGCGGAAAUGCUACAGCACACGCGCUUCCCGGGUGUUAAUGAGGUGGAAAUUGUGGAGCGAGCCCGCCGGAAGCGGACCUGGGAGUAUGCGCUCGGCAGUUGCGAUUCGCUGGACGAAUGGCGUCAGCAGAAGCUGGUGCUGCAGAUAUUCGAAUGGGAAGAGUGGGUUGCCCGGGAGCGUCAGAUCGAUCGGUACCAGAUGCUGCGGUUGCAGCUGGUGGCGAAGAUAAUGGAGAAACGGGAACGGGACACACACCAGGCAACGGAAGGCAAGAUGGAGAACACGAAGCGCCGCAUUAAUCAGGUUAGGAAUCAGGCGAUGCAGAAGCUAGAGGCGAAUUUCGAGCGGAACUUGCGGAAGCUGGAGAAGAAGCGGCAUGAGAUGAGUGUACGGUAUGGGGGGAAGAAUCGUGGACAGGAUGCGAUGGAGGCGUUGGAACUGGAAGCGUUGGCUGGGGCGAGGAAGAAGUACUCGAAACAGUCGUACGAUUAUGAUCCAAACUUGAUUGAAGUGGGAUUGGCCAAGCUGGAUAAGAAGACAACGGUGCCCCAAAAGUUUGUGAACCCGCGCGACCAACGUCCUGAGCUGUGGAAACCGAAGGAAGUCUGCCGCGAGUUCCAGAAGGGUUUCUGGUCGGAUAAUUUCCUGCGCAAACUGUAUGAAUCGUUGAAGCAAUUCCGCAAUCGAAAGGACACCGACCGAGCGAUCCCCCAAUGUCUGAUCGUUGUGUCAUCUCCAACGGAAAGUCUCGUCGUCUCGCCGAUUGCCGUCUCACCGGAGAAAGAAAAUGACAACUUGUAUCAGCAGGCGGUCCUACUGCAGAAGCUAAUUAAGGGCAGAGCGACCCAAGAGAUGAUUUACCGUGAUUACGCCAGUGAGCACGAUCUGAUGGACGAUCUGAUAGCUUCCCAUCGUCUACCGGUUGUGGAGGAAUUCUUCCCAGUAGAUGGGCAACUUCAUCCGGCUGGGAUGGAACGAACAGGUGGCAGUGUUCGCGAGCGGUAUCUGCAGAUUCUGAAGAACGAACAGCUGUUGGACGAAUUCAUCGAGAGUAGUACCCACGCCCAGAUGAGCUCGCUGAUGAGUACACUCGAGCGGGAACUUACGCGACUUCAGAAUGAGCGCAAUACCCAAGCGUUUUAUCUGCUAGCCGAGCGGGAACGCUAUUUGCGCGAGUCGUCCGAAAACGAGUAUCCGACUGGAGAUCGGAAGCAACAGCUCAGCAGCGAUGAGAUGGCAAUAUAUCUAGAAAACGCUUUGCUGGAACAGGCGGACAAUGUGGACGAGAUGCGCGAAAAGAUACACGACAUGGCGCGCAAGUUUGACGAGGAAGCGGACCGUCGUAGCGAUGGUAGCUCGCUCAUGAUGACAGGCGAGGAUAAUGGGACGGUAGGAAAUCGUGAAGCACUCGGAAGUAUCGUAGGAUCGCUCGCUGACGAGAUGCUUCUGCCCGAUCUGUUCCGCCGUGCGGCAAGGGAAAACAUUAAAUUCAAACAGCGGAACGUGUUGGCCAAUGUGCACGAGUGGAUCUACAACCGGAAGGACGAUGAGGGUGCGGACGAGAAGCUGCAGCAGGGUGACGAUGAAAAGAAAGGCACGACGGUGGACGGUGGUCAGGACCGUUUGCCAGAAGAAAACCGGGUAGUAAAUGGGUUGCUGGACGGUAUUAUUGAAAGGGCCGUUUUGCAGCCACCGGCCGUUGAUACGGCGUACUCCGAGAAUGAAGUGGAGGAACUGCCGGAAGAUGAGGAAGAGAUGGCAGAAAGUGAUUUUUCGGCGCUUGAUUACGAGGGAUUGGGCGCGGGAGAAGGGGGGCAGGAGGAGGAGGAGGAAGAAAUUUCACGAAUGGCGAACGAACUGAUCGAGGACAUACUGAGUCAUGUGCUGGAUGUAUCGGAGUGAGACAAAAGAGUCACGGAGGUGAAUCCCAACACUUCUACAAUUCAUAACUGAUGAAUCAUUUCAUAACGUUCGUCAUUACCAGCAUAUUUAUAAAUUAUGAGUAGCGAAACACAAACAAAUUUGCCCUUCUUCUACUUAUUUGUUUAUGCCUUGCCACCAUUGCACAAAGCUUUGAAUCGUUUGUUGAUGCUGGCUCUUUUGUUUCCAUCUUGCUAAAAUCUGUUUAGCGUCACAAUGCACAAAAGAGAAAUAAUCGUACACUUAGUUUCUGGCAUUAAACUGAGCAUUACAUCAGUUUUCUAUUCAUCGUUACUUACCAAGUGAAGAGGUUCCUGUACUUUCUAUAUAAUCUUUGAAGCUAAAUUAA